AUGGCCCCUCGACCAGAGCUUCCCACUGAUAUCUGGUGGAUGGUAAUCUUGGAACUCACUGCCAGGCGAGAUUUCAACACCCUUUUGGCUACUUCUACUGUCAGCAAGACCCUAGCAGGCUUCGCUCUACCACAAUUAUACAGCAUUCACGAACUAGCUUCUGCCAGCACUGAUGAUGCUUCCAUUGUCGGAAAGAGGAAAUGGGCUCAGCUUUGGCGGAGUAUCAUCCUCUCCAGCAUUGGACAGACUGCUCUCCCAUAUUGCUUAUGGGUGAAGAACCUGAAGCUCGGGAAUUUGAGAGAUCUUCUCAAUGAUAUUGCUCCGUAUCAAGCUCUGCGGGAUGACUUUUUCUCUGGGCACAUGGAGCCCUUCAAUAUCUCUCAGACUUCUGGGCCGCCGACAAGGAAGAACAAGCCUCGUCUGGACCUGCAAGCUAUCAGCAACAAGGUCGGCGACACGAUUACUGCCUUUGUCAAAGAUGCUGCCGACCGAGAGAACAAGGCCGUCUCGGUGGCUCAUCUAGAAGGCCACUAUAUCCCCAUGGAUCUGUUGCCUACGUGGAUCUCGAGACUCCCUACUUUGGUGUCUCUGACCAUACAAGAUGGAUCCGUGCUCGGGCCCAACGUUGCCGAAGCUAUCCGCAACAACUGUCCUAGUUUCAAAGAGCUCGAGUGUUACUACUGCGACGGAGCGACCGUGGACGAAGACUUGGCCAGCUUUUUCCGGGCGUUGCCGCCCAACACAUUGGAGGCAUUCAACGUUAUCAGUCUGAAUCGACUGGGUCAACAGGCUUUCGAGGCACUCGGAUGCCAUGGCGAGUCGUUGAGGAAAUUGGGCUUGUCAUCCUUGCAGACCGUGGCUUUCGAGCAUUUCGGUGCAUUGGCCCAGUGUGAGAAGCUGGAGGCUCUCACCCUCGAAGCAGCCAACCCAACGGGUUUCAACUGGGAAGCGACUCAUGCCGAUUCGUUCCAGGCAGCUAUAACGUGGCUCAAGUCUUGCAAAAGCUUGACCACCCUGCAAGUCGCGAAGGUACCGAACGCUAGCACCGUUCUAGCCACAGUUUUGAGGGCGCCUGCUGUUCGUCUGAGAGCGUUGGAUGUCAGGUUAAUCGAUGCUGAGCCGACCUUCUACUCAGCGUUGGGGUUCCAGACGGAAAUGGAAGACUUCGCUAUGCGGACGAUUGAUGAGGAGCUCGAGCCCGGCACCCCGCAGCACAUGGACUUGAUUUCCUCACUUUGCAAGUGCCAGAAGUUGCGAGAGUUGGAUCUCAUUACCACCCUGAUCAACGUGGAGGACGUGACCCGGUUCAGUCAGAGCCUCGUACACCUUGAGGAACUCGGUUUCGAUGGCAGCAAUUUCUUUGAUCUUUGCUGGAAGAUCCUCGCACGCUUCAAGAAGCUCAAGACACUCAACAUCCUCGCUAGCUCCCUAUUCACUGCCGACGGCAUACGGAAUUUCCUCGCCGAUCUCGAGCAGCACCCCGACGGUUCGCAUGACGGCUUGGCAUUGUCAAUCAUGAACCAGGCACCCCAUGUCGUUAUCACGCCGACUGAGGAGACGUCUCUUCAGAAAGAGAUUGCUGCCAAGUUCGGCGGCCGGAUCGACCUUGUGUACGAGAGAAAUCCGCAAGAAGACGACGACACUGAUUUUGCAGACGACUAG